AUGAAAUUUUCUUAUUCAUUCGCUUUUGUUUUAUUCUUGAAUUUAUUUAAAUUAGCAUUUUCUGCUGAUUUGCCAGAAGUUGAAGUUAUUGGUAACAAGUUUUAUUACGCCGAUAAUGGUACUCAAUUCUUAAUCAGGGGUAUCGCCUAUCAACAAAAUACCGCUAAUGGAUCCCUUGAUACUGAUGAAAUCAACGAUCCUUUAGCUGAUGGUGACGCAUGUAAAAGAGAUGUGAAAUAUUUUCAAGAAUCCAAUACCAAUGCUUUGAGGGUAUAUGCCGUCAACACUUCAUUGGAUCAUGACUCUUGUAUGAAAACUUUUGCUGACGCUGGUAUUUAUAUUAUCGCUGAUUUAUCUGAACCAAACUUGUCAAUCAACAGAAAUAGUCCUGAAUGGAAUCUUGAUUUAUACCAAAGAUACACCGAGGUUGUGGAUAUGUUUGCCAACUAUUCUAAUGUCUUGGGUUUCUUUGCUGGUAAUGAAGUAAGUAAUAAUAAAUCAAAUACUGACGCUUCUGCAUUCGUCAAAGCUGCUGUUAGAGAUACUAAAAAGUACAUUUCAGAUAAGAAGUAUAGAAACAUUCCUGUCGGAUAUUCUUCAAAUGAUGAUGAAGAUAUCAGAACUGCUAUUGCUGAUUAUUUUGCUUGUGGAGAUUUAGAUGAAAGAGCUGACUUUUUCGGUAUCAACAUGUACGAAUGGUGUGGUGAUUCUACCUUCAAGAGUUCAGGUUAUGAAGCCAGAACUGAAGAAUACAAAAACUUGACAAUUCCAAUCUUUUUCUCAGAAUAUGGUUGUAACGCCGAGAGACCAAGGAAGUUCACCGAAAUCGGUACAAUCUUUGGUGAUGACAUGACUGAUGUUUGGUCUGGUGGUAUCGUUUACAUGUAUUUUGAAGAAGAAAAUAAGUAUGGUUUAGUUUCCGUCGAUGGAGAUGAUGUUUCAACUUUAGAUGAUUUCAAAUACUAUUCUUCUGAAAUGAAUGCCAUUUCUCCAUCUUUGGCUCAAGCUUCCUCUGCUCAAUCCACUGAAACUUUAGCUUGUCCUACUGCUGCUGCCACUUGGAAAGCUUCCAGUGAUUUACCCCCAACCCCAGAUGAAGAUGUUUGUGACUGUAUGGCCUCCUCUUUAGCUUGUGUUGUUGCUGAUGACGUUGAUUUAGAGGACUAUGGUGAUUUAUACGGCUACAUUUGUUCCAAAAUCGAUUGUCUGGACAUUGAUGCUGACGGAAAGAAUGGAACUUAUGGAGAUUAUUCUUAUUGUUCUGACAAAGAUAAAUUAUCAUACGUUUUGAACGAAUAUUAUAAGGAUCAAGAUGAAAAUUCUUCGGCCUGUAAUUUCAGUGGAUCUGCUUCCAUUAACAAAUCUGCCAAAUCUGCUUCAACUUGUGCUGCCAAGGCUUCAUCAGGUUCAAGCUCAGGUGGUUCCUCCGGUUCUGGCUCAGGUUCAAGCUCAGGUUCCUCAUCAACCUCAGGUUCUGAUUCUUCUUCAUCCAAAGACUCAUCAGCCGUUACUAUUGGUUCUUGGUCAGUCGGUCAAUUAAUUGGUUUCACAGCAAUCACAACAUCUUUUGUUGGUGGAAUCUCCAUCAUUUUCUUCUAA